UUUUAUACAUAAUCAUUAGUAUUGAAUUUGUUAUCAUGGGAGAAGAAAAAUUAUCUUUCGUCGAUCGAGUUGUUGUAAUAACUGGAGCUGGAGCAGGUUUGGGUCGUACAUAUGCCUUACUUUUUGCUUCAAGAGGUGCUAGUGUUGUCGUAAAUGAUUUAGGUGGAAGUAAAGAUGGUGAUGGAAGUAGUACUAAAAUUGCAGAUUCAGUUGUCAAUGAAAUUCGAAAAAAUGGUGGCAGAGCAGUGGCUAAUUAUGAUUCUGUUCUUGAUGGUGAAAAAAUUGUUAAAACAGCUAUUGAUGCAUUUGGACGAAUAGAUAUACUUGUUAAUAAUGCUGGAAUUUUAAGAGAUAAAUCUUUUGCUAAAAUGCUAGAGAGUGAUUGGGAUUUGAUACAAAAUGUUCAUUUAAAAGGAGCUUUUAAAACAACUCAAGCUGCUUGGCCUUAUUUUGUUAAACAAAAAUAUGGUAGAAUAAUUAUGACAGCAAGUAAUAGUGGCAUAUAUGGAAAUUUUGGUCAAGCUAAUUAUAGCGCAGCAAAAAUGGGUCUUAUUGGUUUGACUAAUACAUUAGCUAUCGAAGGCAAGCAAAAAAACAUACAUACAAAUGUAAUAAUACCAACAGCAGCAUCUCGUUUAACAGAAGAUAUUUUACCACCAGAUUUCUUUAAAGAAUUAAAACCUGAAUUAAUAGCUCCUGUAGUAGUUUGGUUGUGUCAUGAAAAAUGUAUGGAAAAUGGUUCUAUUAUUGAAUCUGCAUUGGGUUGGGCAGGCAAAUGUCAUAUAAUUCGUUCAUCAGGAUCCACAUUAAGACAAGAUUUAUCAAGCGAAGUCACUCCUGAAGAUGUUGAAAACAAAUGGCAAGCUAUCACUGAUAUGUCAAAUGCUAAACAUUUUAAUUCUAUUGAGGAAGUAACAGGAGAAUUCAUGACUACAAUUGAAUCAACGAAAUCCGAGAAUUCUCAAACUUCUGAAUCACAAAACAGUGACGUCCUUAGACAUACUUACAAUUACCGGGAUACUAUAUUAUAUGCAUUAGGAGUCGGCGCCUCUGUUCAAACACCAACUGAUUUUCGUUAUUUAUAUGAAAAUGACAGCAAUUUUGCUGUAUUGCCUACAUUUUACGUUGUGUAUGCUCCAAUGGUUGCUUUGGAAUUUUCCAUGUACGAAAAGUUUUUACCACAUAUUGAAUUGGAUCCAACAAAGAUUUUACAUGGAGAACAAUAUAUUGAAGUUUAUAAACAAUUACCAACAGAAGCUACAGUGGAAACACGUUACAAAAUUGUGGAUGUAGUAGAUAAGGGAAAAGGUGCCUUAGUUGUAAUACAACAUGAUACAUUUGAUACUAGUAAUGAAGAUAAAUUAUCUACAGGCCAAAUGAUAAUAUUUGUAAUAGGAGCUGGUAAUUUUGAAGGAAAACGAACAUCUUCAUAUAUUAUACCAACUAUUGAAUCUCCAAAUAGAGAACCAGAUACAUCGAUUACUCAACAAACAAGUCAAGAUCAAGCUGCUUUAUACAGAUUAAGUGGUGAUCAAAAUCCUUUACACAUUGAUUCAAAUAUGUCAAUGAUAGCUGGCUUUAAACAACCAAUUCUACAUGGAUUAUGUACACUUGGAUUUUCCGUUCGCCAUAUUCUUCAAACUUAUGCUGGUGGUGAUUCAAGUCUCUUUAAAGCUGUAAAGACACGUUUUGCAAAACCAGUAAUCCCAGGUCAAACAUUACGAACGGAUAUGUGGCAAGAAGGUAAUAGAAUACAUUUUCAAACACAUACUGUGGAAGAAAAUAUAUUAGUUUUAUCAGGUGGUUAUGUUGAUUUAACAAAUACAAUAUCUAUACAAUCAAAAGAAAAUCUUUCAUCUGACAUUAAUAAUACAUCUCUUGAAAGUGAUGCAGUAUUUUUUAAAAUUGCUGAAUAUGUAAAAGCAAAUUCAGAUGAAGUUAAAAAAAUCAAUGGAGUAUUUCUUUAUCAAAUUUUGGUAAAAGGAAAACUUCAAGCACAAUGGACUUUGGAUUUGAAAGAAUCCGAAGUAUAUAGAGGAGAACCAAAAUCAAAGCCUGAUGCAACAUUGACUCUUGAAGAUGCUGAUAUGAUUCAAAUGGCUUUAGGUAAAUUGAAUCCACAAAUGGCAUUCGUUCGACAAAAAUUAAAGAUUACUGGAAAUAUCAUGCUUACUCAAAAACUAAAAACACUUAUAGAAGCAAGUAAAUCAAAAUUAUAAUAUUAACAAAAUUCCUCAAUUAAAUAAUUACAUUAUAUUUAUUAUAUAUAUAUUAUAAAAAAAUGAGAAAA